AUGACAAUUUUCCCAGACAUUGUGGACUUCUGUGAGAUGAUGGCCAAUGCUGGUAAAACUGUCAUCGUUGCUGCUCUUGAUGGGACUUUCCAGAGAAAGGCUUUUGGCAGCAUCCUGAACCUGGUGCCCCUGGCAGAGAGCGUGGUGAAGCUGAACGCCGUGUGCAUGGAGUGCUACCGCGAGGCCUCCUACACCAAGAGGCUGGGAGCAGAGAGGGAGGUUGAAGUGAUUGGAGGAGCAGACAAGUACCACUCUGUCUGCCGAGCCUGCUACUUCUGCAGGCGGCCGCAGCAGCUUGGGCUGGAGAACAAGGAGAACGUGCCCCUGGGGGUGAAGCAGCUGGAGGCCUCGGCCUCCCGGAAGAUCUUCGCUUCUUGA